UCCGCUACAUUCUGCCUGCCCCUGCCGCACAGCUCCAUGGCCCGGUGUAGGACGCUGGUGGCCGCCGCCCUGGCUCUGCUCCUGCCGCCAGCCCUCGCGUGGUACAAGCCCGCGGCGGGACCCCACCACUACUCGGUGGGCCGUGCCGCGGGGCUACUGUCGAGUUUCUACAGGUUCCCGUCCACGCGACGCUCCGAGUCUCCAGCACCCCGGGUGGGAACGGGACCUCUGCGCGACCUGGAACUGAGUCCCAACAUAAGGAGCCUCGCCCUGUGUGUCAAAGAUGUGACCCCGAACCUGCAGAGCUGCCAGCGGCAACUCAACAGCCGAGGGACUUUCCAGUGUAAGGCGGACGUCUUCUUGUCGUUGCACGAAGCUGAAUGCCGGAGCGCCUGAACCCUAACCCAAACUUCACUCUGCGGCCGGUGACUACCCGCCCCCCCCAUGCCCAGUCUUGCUUGAAGUAGCAUAGGCCCUGUGUGGUUUGGCUCCUGUGGCCCCUAACUCCCACCAUGUUCCAUAGUAAAUGGCUAAAUGAAUAAAGAAAAACAAGAGCUCCUGUGCA